UCUUCUCGACAUCCAGGCACAAGAAAAUGUUGCUGGGCAGACACGAUCCAGCGCCGCUGCGCCCCUGCUUCAUUGCGGUCUACAACUUUUUGGCAGUCGCAGGGCUUUUUGGGUCUGUUGUGGUACUACCCAGACCCACCUCUGCUUCAUCCCAGAUCAAGAACGGAUUCCGGAUCGGGCCCGAGGAUUCGUUCUGGUUGGACGGAAGGAAGUGGAACAUGCUCGC